AUGGGACGAGCCGAGAAUGAAACGGCGGUUAGCAGCGGCCGACCGACGGGAUGGGAUGUGGAGGUAUCUCAUCCACGAAUUACCGGGAUGGUGCCCACCUCGCAUUUCGUGCCUCCCCGAGACAUCCUCUCCUCAGACCUAGUCGAGAUGGUUCGAGGAACUCCGGACGUUUCUACGUUCUCAUUGAAAUGGUUUAUGGAACUCGGAACGAGCCUCCAAUCGGACGAACGUUACACUUCUUCUCUGAAAUGAUUCGGAAUAGUGAUACUUGCGCUCACGUUCUCGCUCGUGGUGGGUGAUGGAACUGAAGGGGAUUCCCUCUUGGACGCCACGAGAGAGUCCAUCAAGGAAGCCGAGAACGCAUGGGAGAGGGAGAUGGAGUCCCUCAUGAUGGCAGGGGCAACAAUAGAGAGGCCGAGUUACUACGUGAAAAGCACCCCACGAUCCCGCGAGAUCGGAAAGAUGGCCCGCAUCAAUCGCCUCGCCACCUCCAUCCUGGAGCAAAAGCUCGACCUCCCCCGACGGGAAGCGGAGUACCUCGUGAGAAGGCAGAUGCUGCCCUGGGAAAGGGACGAAUUGGCCCGAUCCGGAGCACCGCCCGCCAGCUGCUCCGGCGUCCAACCCGACUGCGACUCUCUUGACCCUAAAUACCCCACUUACAGCGGGGUGUGCAAUAACCUCGCGGAGGGGGACGAUCCUGAUGCCAUCUACUGGGGGUCCGCGGAGAUAUACUAUCGUCGCGUCAACAAUAGCAACGCUUACGACGAUGGUAUCUCGAUCCCCCGAGGUUCCGGACCCCGCCUGUCCAUCCUGCCCAAUCCGCGAGAGGUGUCGUCGCGGCUGCACGGCGACUCGGACCGGCCCGCGACGGUGGCGACGCAUAUGCUCAUGCAGUGGGGACAGUUCCUGGAUCACGACAUCACCCUUUCGCCUGCUGAUUCUGCGGGACCGUGUUGCGAGGAGCCGAUCCCCCUGGAGUGCUUGCCGAUCGCCAUCCCCCCGGACGACCCUUUCUACUCGCAGGUACUCGUACCUCAGACCUGCAUGCCCUUCCACAGGUCCACUCCUUACUGCGCGGGAGAAGUGCGGGAGCAGAUAAACAUGAUCACCGCGUUCAUAGAUGGUUCCAGCAUAUAUGGAUCCUCUGAAGAGUGGGUCAUGGCACUCAGAAGCUUUCAAGACGGGAAGCUGGUGACGAACACGAACGAUCCAGGGCUCCUCCCUACGGGCGACCAAAUAUUCGGCGACGGCUCUCAAAACUUUGUCUCUGGGGACAUCCGAUUGAUGGAGAACCCAGGACUUCAAGGCCACCACACCCUUUUCAUGAGGGAGCACAACAGACUCGCAGAGGCGCUGAAGGUGGUGAAUCCACAGUGGGAUGACGAGCGACUCUUCCAAGAAGCCAGGCGUAUUGUUGGAGCAGAACUGCAGAAUAUCCACUAUGGAGAGUUCCUUCCUGUCGUGUUCGGAAGCUCCUCGCACAUGGACGACUACGGGCUCACAGUGACUUAUCCCUCUACCUACGACUCCAGUUUGGACCCGAGCCUCUUUAACGUAUUCGGUGCCUCCGCUUACAGGCAAGGAUCUGUUCCGUCCUCAGAGGUUCCGACCCAACCGAUCGCGUUGCGAUUCGGUCACUCGUUGGUGCAAAACGAAGCCCUGCUGCUCUCUCCGGAUGGGGAAGAGAGUUCCUACUUCCUCAUGGACAACUUUGGCAACGCCACGCCCCUCCUCGAGAACGGACUCGCCGCCAUUCUAGCCGGCUUGGCAGGCCAGGAUGCUCAGUCGUUCGAUACAAGUUUUGCCGACGCCAUUCGGAAUUACCUCUUCAAACUCUCCACCAAUGAUUACGGUCAGGAUCUCGUGGCCAGGACGAUUCAGCGUGGCCGAGAUCACGGCAUCCUCGGGUACAACGACUACAGGACGUUUUGCGGCACAAACAGAGUGAAGGACUGGGAUUCCAGGCCGAAAGAACUCUCCCCGAAGAGUUGGAGCAUCCUCCGGAGUCUCUACACGGAACCCGACGACAUGGACGCCUCCAGCGCGGCGUUCCUAGAGGAGCCCCUGGCAGACGACGCGAUGAUCGGUCCCACCAUGGGGUGCUACGUGGCGGAGGGGAAGGCAUUUGAAUUCCUGGAGAAAUACGACGAAAGAGGCAACCCAAGCCAAGUAGAUCCAGGGUAA